AGUACUUCACAUUUUAAAGAGGUACUUUGAAAUUGAUAAUAUUGUUUAAUUGUGUUUAACAUAUUUCCUGCAUAGUUUUUAGUAUUUUCUUGUAAAAUACCAUAAAAAAAUGGUCAGAAAGCAUGCAAGGAAACCAGGAAGUACAUAUGCUGCUUACUCAAAUAAAGCGAUGGAAGAUGCGAUGAAAGCAGUAAGCGAAGGUAAAUUAUCAAUCAGAAGCGCUGCAGAAAAAUAUUCAGUGAACAGGUGUACACUUAAUCGAAAACUGAAAGGAGUUCAUGUUCAGCCAUAUGGGAGACCACCAGCAUUAUCACAAGAUGAAGAGGCAGUUCUACUGAAGAGUAUCAUAACAGCUGCAGAAUGGGGCUUUCCCCUUUCAUGUUUAGAUGUUAGAUUUAUUGUGAAACAGUAUUUGGACAAAAAAGGUGUUACAGUAUCUCGUUUUAAGAACAAUCUUCCUGGAGAAGAUUGGUGUCGUUCCUACUUGGGAAGACAUAAAGAUGCCCUCACCAUAAGGCUGAGUGAGAACAUCAAGCGCAGUAGGGCACAGGUCAAUGAGGAAACACUGAGGGAAUAUUUCACUAACCUCAAAAAUUCAAUUCAGGACAUACCUGUUGAACUGUUAAUAAACUAUGACGAAACAAAUUUGGUUGAUGAUCCUGGAAAAUCCAAAGUCAUAGUGCGGAGAGGUUGUAAACGUGCUGAACGCAUCAUGGAUUCCAGUAAGGCGACCAGUUCCUUGAUGUUCGCAGGGACAGCAAGUGGAAUUCUUCUUCCACCAUACCUUGUCUACAAGGCGGAACACUUAUAUAACACAUGGCAGGAAGGAGGACCAGAAGGGGCAAGGUAUAAUACCUCAAAAAGUGGAUGGUUUGAUUCAGCAUUAUUCGAGGACUGGUUUGAGACAGUUGCACUGGCCUACUUCAAGAAGGUAGCAACUAAAGACCAGCCGAAAGCAUUGAUUGGGGACAAUCUAUCAAGCCAUUUGACUCUCAGUGUCAUCCAAAAAUGUGAGGAGUACAAUAUUAGAUUCAUCCUGCUCCCUCCCAACAGCACUCAUCUUUGUCAACCUUUGGAUGUGGCUUUCUUUCGCCCGCUAAAGUGUCAUUGGCGUCAAGUUCUUAUGGACUGGAAAAUGAAACACAAGGGAACUAUACCAAAAGAUGUCCUUCCACGUCUCCUGAAAAGUACAUUAAAGAGUUUGUCUCCAUCAAUUGAAAAGAACUUGAAGUCUGGAUUUCGAGCGACCGGAAUUUAUCCUUACAAUCCUGAGGAAGUAUUGAAAAAACUGCCUGCUACAACUAUUGGGAAUAUGUCUAUUUCUGAUGGACUCUCGAAAUCAUUGGAAAGCUAUUUGAGAGAGUCUAGAAAUGCCACUUCCACCCCAAAGCAAAAACGAAGAAGACUGAGUGUUGUCCCUGGGAAGAGUGUAAGCGGAACAUCGUUCCAGUCAGAAGAUGAUCCUGACACUCCUGACUUGGUAUCUUCAGAAGGUGAAGGCAAUACUCCAGUUUCAGUAACCAGAGUGACAGAAGAACAUACGCUCCAAGUUAGUUACACAGGAGAUGUUCAAGUUGGUGAUUUUGUUGUGGUAAGAAUCAAGUGCUUCACCUACACCAUUACAGACAUCCUCAUCCUGCACUACGCCAAGAGACCCUGA